CCCCCCCCCCCCCCCCCCCCCCCCCAAAAAAAAACAAGCAGUUACUUCAAAGAAGUCAAAGUCUCAAAGGGAAUAUUUCUACCAGGAGAAUUUGUCAUACAUUUCUCUUCAUAACAGUUUCACAUACAGUAAUUAUAUUCUGCUAAACAUACCGUAGCUAUUAUAGUACAAAACAUAUAAUAAAGAAAGUUAAGGAAUGAUUGCUACAGGUGGUAAGAAAAAAUUAUUUAAGAAUGUUUAAGAAAAUAAAACAAUUAAUCAUAUUUUUAUAUCUUGCAGUUGCACACAAUUAUAUUAUGUUAAACAAUUAUUGUAGUAAUAUCAUAAAAAUAGUUAGCAUAUAACUAAUAUAGAAAUAAUUACAUUUAUAUCUAUAUUUUUUAUGCAUAGAGCAUUUUAGGUGUGUUUUUUUAUUAUACCGUAUAAUAACAUAUGUAAGUAAGAGACAAUUUUUAUUUACGGUAAUUACUUUCAAUUAAGGAGACCCUUUGACCACAGGAAGCUGUGGAAUGAGUCUGUUUCUGCAUUAAACCUGACAUCGUACUCGCUGAUCACAACUAAACUCUCCAAUGACUGCAGCUGUCACAUCCUGUCAUGACAGAGAUUUGGCAUCCUGCAGGAGAAAUGUUUUAAAACCAUAUACUGUAAUACUAGCAGUGCUGGGUAAAAAUAGCAUAGAGAAAACUGUUGAAGCCUUGCAGAACAGAACACAAACACUCUUGUAGCCUGGAUAAUAAAUGAAUAAUGACAGGAGCCUGCGGGCUGGACGCUGACAUCACUGCAUCUUCACCACUACUGAUGAGGCCGAGAGGGUGGAGGCAUGAUGCAGCAGCCCGGUGAAGGGGCUGGAGAGGAAGGAGAAAGCUGCUCCCCUCUUGCAAGAAGACACUCUGAAUAACACCGUCAUCAUGCUGGCCUCCAGGAUGCCUCUGUGCGUUGGCAUCUUCCUGCUCUUCUGCAGACACAUCAAUGCAAGUAAAUGUGUUUGUGAUGUAUGUAGUUAUCCUUGGGGUGAUGUAACCUUGCAAAAAGAAACCAAAUGUCUGCAUGUUUGCGUGUGUUUUUACAUUAUAGUUUUUGUAGAGUACUUAAAUAAAAUUUAUUUUAAUGCAGUUUUCCUCAUAUGUUGUCCUUGCUAACUUAUUACAGGUGCCACUAUUGCUAAUUUUAGUGGGCUUUUUUAUCCUCAUAGGCCGCCGUAGUCAGGUGCGGGGGGGGGUUACUAGCUAAGUAAGCUAAUAGCCGUUAGCGAACUGAACGACACAAUUGCAGCAAACAAAUGUGCAUGAUAACGUUUGUUUCAAAUUGCUAUGUAUCGUAAAAUACCACUUAUAGUUACAAGAAAUGAGCUACAUGAGUGACAAAAUGCUCAAGGACGGACGACUACGUAACACACUAGUUGUAAAGAGACGGAGGGGCAUACGCUGCCCCCAGUGGAGUCUGCCGACCAGCUCCCAGCAAACGUGCGGAGUGUCGUCUUAAAAGGUAAAAGCCACACCGAUAAAGUGGAAGUGUUGCACCCCAUUAACCUGACGCUCCAAUGUACCUGGACCGGAAACUCCAACAAGAUGGACAACAUAACGGGAUACUGGAGAAAAGAUGGGCAGGAUAUUGACAACAGUCACACGACAUUACGGCUGGAGAACCAGCAGUAUAAUCUACAAAGGACGUUUGCUAUUACAGAUGAAGAAAGCCUUGGAAGAUACUCGUGCAUGUUUGGAAAUGACGCAAAGAUUGAUUUUGUUUUGGCAGUGCCGCAGAUCAGUGACGUGCGAGACAAACCCAUCGUCAGCUAUGUGGGAGACUCUGUGGUGAUUGUGUGCAAAAUGGACGAUGCCAAGCCAAAGCCAAAAACCUGGUUCUGGUUUCAAGCCAACGGCACUGAAAAUGCCGAGAUAGACGCAGCAGCGGAGCCUCAAAAGUACGAAAUAAAAAACGACGGCAGGGUGACCAAACUGCUGUUGCACAAUCUGACCCAUGCAGACUCGGGUUUGUUUCACUGCGCGGCCGUCUACGCCAUUGGCGCAGCCACCAGCCAGGUGGAGUUAAAGGUGAUCACCAUUUAUGAGCCACUGAAGCCCUUUGUGGCCAUCGUGGUGGAGGUGCUCAUCCUGGUUGCUGCCAUUCUGCUGUUUGAGAGGAGUCAGGCCAAGAAGCGCAAGGCAGCAGCUUCAGGGAGCGAAACGGCCGACGUUGAGCAUGCUACUGACGGCGUCACCAGCACCACCACCACGGAGAAGCCAAUGGAGUGGAGGAGACGUCGUCCACCAGACAACGCAAAGUGUGAAAGCACAGGCAGGUUAUGUAACAAAACACAAAGCAAUAGUUCAUCCAAACAUUUAGCACUGUUAGCACUGAACGACAAAAGGCAAUACCCAUGUUGCGUCUUAAGUUUUAGUUGGCAGUGAAGUCUGCGUCUUCCCACUUCCUGUUGAGGUGCUCCAAAUGUCUUUGCUGCUAAACAGUCCCAGUCAGAAGAAUUGUUAUUAUACAAGUAAUGCACAAAAUUGUUAACACUGCCUUACUCUCUUUAAAAAAAGCAGAUCAUUAUUUAUGCCGUAUUAGCUUUGAUGUAUUUAUCUUUUGGAUGUCCUGCGUGCCAAGACGGUGUCUAUAAUCACGUACGUACUGCUAUAAAUUCAUAUGUGCAAGUCUUCAUGUCACAUUUAAUAUACAGUGUGUCAUCUAGCUGGUAAAUACACGUGUAAGUUAUUUUGUGUGUGGUGUUUCAUGAGAUUAAAAGCCAACGUUAAUAAGACCCUAGUGCUGUUUACUUGGGAAAGUAAGGAGAGAAAGGACAGGGAGUCAGAUAGUGUUAUAUGUUUCUCUUAGAAAUAAGACAUUAUAUAGCAAGUCUUUAUUGCCCUACUGGCAACAACAAAAACAACAACAAAGACUAUGCAAUACCCAACGUUGUCAUUUAGACGUUGAUUCAUUGCCACAUAAAUCUGCUGAACAGACAAAACAGUACCACCUGCUGGAUGUAAGUACUGUGCCAGUUGCAAAAAUAGGGGUAGGAUUUAAUAAGCUUUGCUUCUUCCUACUCCUUUUGGACAUGUGGAACUGUGAACUGAUUAUGGGAUGCACU